UGACAAUCUGACAGUUCUGGAGGAAUACACAGUCUGAGCUCCCGAUACCAGACAGUUUCAUCAUGAUUACUAUUGUAAUUGUUGUGACCAUGGCCAUCUCCAGUCUCGCAGUACCAGCCCCGUCCACUGCCAACCAGGAUACCUACACAUUGUGUAAAGGAAAACCUGCCGACAUUUUCUUCUUACUCGAUAGUUCCACGAGUAUCUGGGCCAAACACUUCAAAAGCCAGCUGAAAUUCUUACAACAUGUGGUCGACUUCUUCCCGGUGUCAGCCUCUGAGACACGAUUUGGCGUGGGGAUAUUUGCCGAUCACUAUUAUCAGCAGAUCGAACUGGGUGAAUUCGAUGACGUGGAGGAGCUUAAACUUGCCAUGGGGAGUAUACGUAAACGGUUUGGAGGGACUGAAACAGGAAAGGCUUUACGAGCUGUAAGGCAUCAGGCAUUCCGGAACGCUAGACCAAACGUCGGUAAAAUCUUAGUGGUCAUGACGGACGGAGAGUCUAGAAACAAAGUCCAAACAAAAUACGAAGCUGCGGCUCUGAAAAAUGAAGGUGUCACAGUCUUUGCCAUUGGAAUCGGAAAAGCAGUGAAGAUGGAGGAGUUGGUUGCCAUUGGCAGUGAGCCAUCAGAAACGUACGUCUAUACCGUGUCCAACUUCAAAGUUUUGAAUGAAAUCCGCAAAACAUUAGCCUACAAAGUUUGUAGAGGGGAAGAAAUAAACCAAGAACCAUACUGUAGCGCAGGAAUGGAGACGGACCUGAUGUUUGCCUUUGAUGCCACAAGUAUGGGAACACGGAGCGCUAAACACGUACAGAAUUUGAUCGCCGAUACAGUGGAGAACUUUGGAAACAUGGACAGUGGUGUUCUCCGCGCGGGAUUGUUAACUAGAUACUGUGAUAAUGAUGAUAUAUAUCUUGAUGAUUAUCCCAACCUCGAUGAGAUGGUCCCUGUUGUGAAAAACCCCCAAUUUAGAGGACUUGACCAAAUGGUUUGGCAGAUGCAAAAUCAAAGCUUUGAAGCGUCUAAUGGUGGCAGGGAAACGGCGAGGCGGAUCGCGGUUGUAGUUGUUGACAGUAACGUGGAGAAGUUGGAGAAGUUAGCCCUUGAAAUGAGGAAGGCUAAAUCAAAGAAAGACAUUCAAUUCAUAAUAGUCUCAAUUGGAGAAAACCCGAAGUUUGAAGCGCUGAAAAGGUCCGUGCUGCGUCCAGUCGACGCUCACUUCUUCAAUGUGGCUUCUCACAGUGAUCUCAGCUUGAUAAAGGACACCUUUGUCAGCAGCUUGUGUAAAACAUUAAAGGUUCCCAGUUUUCCAGACUCGCUUGUGAUUGACGAGACUACUAGAAACUUUGAGGACAUCCUGCCCGUGGGAAACCUGAUUCUCGGACUCUAGAAUGAAAACAGCUAUCAGUUUAAACAUGAAUUGAAUUUAAAGUUAUUUCUGCUAGCAGUGAUAAACAAACUCAUUCUAAGUUUGUUGAGAACAGAAUCGGCGGUUAUUUAUGAAGUUGGGAAUGAAGACUUUCUUAUAUGUAUAUGCUCAGCGUUAAUAUUCAUUGUUACAGUGUUGAACUUAAUUGGGUAUUUUUUGUUUUCUAUGCAAAUUUAAUUAAUUUGAUUGAUUGAUGUUAAUUUGUCUCAAAUCAAUCUAUUUUGAUGCGAUUUUUAGCAAAGAUUUCUGAACUGUGGUCACAUCCAAUAUAUGUGUUCUUUAUAACUUUGAUAAAAUUUCGCUUUCCCGAUGCUAACGCUCUAUCCGUAAAGGUCGAUUGAUGAAUGGAUGGAUUGUUAUUUAAAUAUUGCACGUCUUUUAUUAUUUUUAUGUUAUUUUGUUUCAUUUAUUGUUGUUAUUCUGUUAUA